CACAGUUGCUCCGGUCUUAUGGCGCAAUGCAAGAUUUGGUCGCAUUUCUUGAUUAUCACAUUUUCAGUGACGUUUAUUUGGAAAACAGCUGUUCGGUGGACAUAUUUAUCAGCGCAACUGCAGAGGGAUGAGUUGUUAUUCGCAGGUCUAUCGUCGACUUGUGAGAUAACGAGCGGGAGUAAUGUGAUCGCGGAAUGCGGGACGCGAAUGAUCACGAAUCGAUGAGAGUGCGUUUCGAUGCUAUCGUAAAAGCGCGGUUGCGGGUUAUGUUUUGAUUAGUUCACGUGCAAAAACAUGGCUCAGUGUAAACUAACCCCGCGGGAGUUCAUUGGUAAUGCUUUUUCUCCGCAGAUUGCCGUGGUCUGCUCGGUCACGGCCGAUGCUGCGUGCCAAAAGAAUAAUCUGUCGUUCGUCGAGUUGCUUCAACCUUUUUGCAAAUUAAAUACCGAAGGUCAUUUUAAGGAUCCACAAGGAAACACUGUAACGAUCAGAAAUCUUCGCCUUGCUAUACAAGAUAUUAAUACGCGACCACCAGAACCUUGUCUUGCCAAAAAGAUGUUGAACGAAGCAGUCAGUUCUGCUUUGUGUGAACGUACAACCACUGUUUGCAUUGGUGCAACUGAAUUAGAUAUUCCCAUUUCUGUUCCCUGGUUUGAAGCAUGGAGAGAAACUUUUCUAAGUGUCCAGUUUCCAUCAGAUCAUGAAUUCACAAAGCAUCUACUUGGAUGCAUGAUAGUUGUUUCUACAGCUGAAGAUAAUCCAUUAGAAAAAAUACAGACUAUGGGAGCACAAUUGCAUCAAAGUAUACCAGGAAAAUUGCCUAAAUGGUUCAAUAAUAAUGCUCUUAGAUAUUAUAUCUUAGUUCAUGAUGCUAUUCAGGACGAUAGAAACAAAGCAGAAUUAGUUUUUACUGAGAUGAAGACUAUUUACGGUGCUAACAAUUGUUUUUUAUUACAAAUGAAUUCGAGACCGCCUGGUCUUUCCGAUGAUAAUACACACUUGCCAGAUCCUUGGAGCCAAUUUUUGAUUAAACAUUCAGAAUUGUCUAGCAGUGAACAAAACAGCUCUCCUCGUACACCUGCGGAUACAGGCGGAGUAUCCGCUAUGCCGAGCGAGCUGACUACUGAGUCUGACAAAACGAGCCAAGCGGGGACACCGGUAAUGCCACACAACUGUAUUGCAUUGUCAUCUCCCGAUUUACCACAAUUAGUAUCUGCAAUUGACGCAAUAAAUCUCUCUUCUGAAAUAUCUGAAUUGACGAAUACGCAUUUAGAAGUUGGACAAGAAGCGGUUCCAGUUACAAUACAUCCACUCAGUCCAGACAAUGAAAAAUCGCAAAGUUUUAUUUCUGCAACUAACGUUAAAAGUCAAUCUGUUCUAACUAGUUCGCCAAUAAAUACAAAUGUUUGGGCGGAUUCUCCGAAUUAUGUGGUUGCUCAACACGGUGCUCGUCUUUCCACCCAAGAUUUGGAAAGAUUACGCACGUUGAUAACGGAAUUCUGUUUGCGAAGUUUGUUGCCUUAUGUAGAAAAGCAGAUUGGCCUAUUGAACGAUGUGAUCUCGAACAAAAAAGGAGUCAGCAGGUCAUUAUUUAGCGCUACAAGAAGAUGGUUUGGUACAAAUAAGCCAGGUGUACCUGGUUCGACACCAUCCAAUGCUGUAAUUUAUACAGCAGAAUCGCCAGAGUUGCAAUUACGACGUUUAGGCGAUCUGUGUUUCAUGUUUGGCCACUAUUCGCUCGCAUAUCAGGUGUAUCACAGUGCUAAGCGCGACUUUGCAGCUGAUCAAGCAUGGGUAUAUUAUGCGGGUGCUCUGGAGAUGGCUGCUUUAAGCGCCUUUAUGCAAGGGGAGACAAACAGGAAAACUAUCGAGUACAUGGACGAUGCGAUACUGACUUACGCGAACAGCUGUAAGAUGCCUCAGUUCGCAACAAGAGCUACUCUGCUUAGCGCCGAGUGUUUAAAGGGUCGGGGUUUAUACGGCGAAGCUGCGAAACAACUGAUACGAAUGACCAGCGAGGAUUCAGAUUUACGUUCGGCUUUGUUACUGGAGCAAGCUGCUUAUUGCUUUAUCGGACCGAAGAUGAUGCGCAAAUAUGCCUUCCAUGCGGUUUUAGCUGGACAUAGAUUCUCGAAGGCCGGACAAAGAAAACACUCGCUGAGAUGUUAUCAACAAGCUUAUCAGGUGUACUACAAAAGAGGUUGGUCUUUGGCUGAAGAUCACAUUCAUUUCACAAUCGGCAGGCAGGCUGCGUCCCUAAAACAAAUUUCCGAGGCGGUAAAGGCCUUUGAAAAAUUACUUAACGCUUCCAGCAAACAACAUGCUUUACAACAAGCUGCGUUUUUACGAGAAUUUUUACAUACUUGUAAUUUAUUGUUUCAGGAAAGUGGUGCGACUUGCAAAGAACUUCCUAUUUUACCUUUGCCCUUAUUAAAUAGCGACAAUAUUAAAGUAUUAUACGGUCCGUUGAGUAAACAAACUGAAAGCAAUAUUCCAGCGAGUCACAUUACGUUCAGUACCGAAGAGACGGAUGAUGCGAAAUGGUUCAAAAUGGAGGAACUCUUGAUAACUGAGGCACAGGGAUCUCUACCCAUGAUAUUUAAGCCGACAGUCGCAUUGUAUUCUAGAACAAGUAAUAAUACUGUAAAGCCAAAUGCAGUUUUAGAUGAACCAGUGCAUUAUUUUAUCGAAUUGCACAAUCCGCUACAUGUUCCGCUACCGUUGUCAGAUAUGACUUUAUUGUGGUCGUUCACUUGCAACAAUGAAGUUAUUACGAAUGAAAUAAAAACGAGCAACAGUUCAAGUCCGGUCGACUCGGAUGUUAUAGAUGCAAUUUUGUUGCAACCAGUUUGCAAGCAAAAUAUCGUGUUAUCUCUUACACCCAGGCGUGUAGGGGAGUUGGAGAUUAUAGGUAUAAGUUAUAAAUUGUCCAAUUCAGUACAGACAAUAAGUGAUCCACCGAUUGCUAAUUCAACCACCGUUGUCGCCGGGAAAAGAUUGUUCGAAAUUACGCCGCCAAAAUUGAAAAAUAUCAAAGAAAAGCCUGGCAUGAUCACAUACGGAAAAGAUUAUAGAUUGCAAAUGAAUGUAAUAGAAAAGGCACCAUUUAUGCAGAUAUUCUUUUCUAAACUGUCACCAGAGAUGCUAUGCGGUGAAAUACAAAAGAUAGAAGUCACAUUGGAAAAUGUAGGCAACGCAUCAUUGACGAAUAUAUGCAUUGCAUCCACGGAUGCUAAACUUUUCACAUUGAAAAACACAUCAGACUUUGACAGAAACGAAGAUUCAAUGUUGAAAAAGAGUAGAUCAGUCACGAAGGUAAUAUUACCAGUCUCUAAAAAUGGUAUAUUAAAUGUGGGUGAAAUUCAUAAACUGCCGCUUUGGGUGCAAGCACCUCGUGAGAAGGGCACUCACAGAUUAGAUUUGCUUUUCUAUUAUGAAAAUGCCGAGUCAAGAAUCACAUUGAAACACCGGUUGUGCCGACACACCUGGCAAUUAACGGUGUUGGAUUCAAUUCAAAUUACCGCGAUUGCUGCUAGAAGCGGAUUGUUUAAAAACGACUCGCCAACGUUAAAUUUAAUAAUGUCUGUUAAGAAUACGAAUCAGGUUCACGAUCCAUCCAUAAACGAAAUUAUGCUAUCCAAAGUAUCGCUUCAAAGCGUACUAUGGUUCGCAUUUCAUUCUUCUGUUCCAUCAUCAAGUAUAAAAGUGCAGCCUCAAGAAGUGUUCCAUCUGAUGCUGAAGCUGAAGAAAAAAACUGGUAGCGACUUGGCCAUUUCCGAUGUAUCCUUGAUUUCUGACGAAGGCAAUGCUAUGUUGAUCAACGAUUAUCCAUUUAUUGAUUUUGUACAGAAACGUCACAUUCAACCGUUGGAUAUAAAUGAAAACGUAAACGAUAUACAACAAUUUCAACCACAACAAAAUAUCGAGCAUAACUCUAUAUCGGAUAUCAUGGCAUUAAAUUCUACAUUAAUCGUUAAGUGGUAUGCCAAUGUGACGGAAAGCGGCAUAGUCACUCGGAAAGCGGUUGGACAACAUCACCUCGAACUUGAGCAUUUGAACAAAAUAUACAAACAUCUGAGAGAAUCACGUACUGAGCGUAAUGAAUACGGUACACGUUUAAAAAUCUUCGGGCCGGACCGAAAUGUACCUAAUAUGGUAACGGUCCCUGUCAAAGAUCCUGCGUGGGAAGCAGAAUGCUUGAAAAGUCUAAUUUCCUUUUCUCUAAAUCAUCAGAAACAAGUAACACACGAUUUUCAGCAGAACCGAUUGUGCAUUAUUCCUGUAAUAAUGUAUUUACAAAAUCACUCAGAGAUGCGACUCGAUGUUAAAAUAAAUACAAUAGGCACUAGUAGUGAAACUCAUCUUCCAAACAUAAAAUCCCAACUGUACUUGCCGCAAGCUUCGGCGUACUAUAAGUAUGCCGGCCAUACGUCAGUUUAUUCUAACGUUGAAGCGCAUACAAAUAGUACCGUAAAGUUACACGCUGUAUUACUCAGUCCAGGAUCGUACGACUUAGCAGCGCGAAUAGAAAUCUCCGUGAAAGUUGUAAAUAGCAAGGAGUAUAUUGUUCAGAAAGGCAAAAUGGAGAGUAUAUGUAUUAUUAACGACGACAGUACAUAAAUUACUACUUCAUGUAGGAAGUCAUACUAGCAAACAUGGAAGUUUGCCAAAAAAGAGGAGAAAGUAUUGGAAACUUUAUAGAUAAUAGCGUAUUAUAUAUAUGCAAUAUUAUCGAAAGUGAAUAUGCAUUAUAUAACUUAGAAAUUUUAUUUUAAUAUAUCUGAUUAUUAUAAACAUGUAA